AUGUAUGAAGCCUUUAUUACUCUGGACAAAGCAGAUCCGUUGCCGCGGUCGGAGGCAGCCGCAGAGUCGGACACAAAGGAAAGACAGAUCUCGACGCACGGUGAGUCCUGCAGCUGGAGGCUCAGGGCCGUGGGUUUGAUGGACGGGCUUUGGAGUCUAUCCAAGCUGGAGCUGGGUAAAAACCGUGGCUGCGUCUGUCACUCACACCUUCAGUUCUGCUGCUCUGCCUUCGCUUUGGUAACUGCACAUCAGCUCCUGUCGACCAUGAAGGAGACCGACACCAGAGAGAGCAAACACCAGCACCGCAGGGAGAAUAUGGGUGAGGGCUCUAACUUCCUGCAGCUGGGCGCCUCCAUCGAGCAGCAGAUCAACGGCAUGUUCAAGGUGAUGGAGGAGUACAACUGGGACAGCUUCGUGGUCAUCACCAGCCUCUACCCGGGCUACGAGACCUUUGUGGAUUACAUCAAGUCCUUCACCGACACCAGCUACUUCCUGUGGGAGCUCCAGGACGUGCUCUCUUUCGACAUGUCCGCCGACGGCCUCAGCGACCUCCGCGCCCGCCGCCUCCUGCAGCAGAUCGAUGCCCAGGUCCUGCUGGUCUACUGCUCCCACGAAGAGGCCCAGUACCUGUUCGCCAUGGCCAAGGACGUGGGGCUGGUGGGGCCGGGCUACAUUUGGAUUAUCCCCAGUUUGGCGGUGGGGAACCCGGACAUCGCCCCGCCGGAGAGCUUCCCCAUCGGGCUCAUCAGCAUCAUCACGGACCGCUGGAGGAUGAGUCUGAGGAAGAGGGUGCGAGACGGAGUGGCCAUUGUGGUCAAAGGGGUUCAGAGCUUCAGGAAGCAGCGAGGGUUCAUCCCCGAAGGACACAGCGACUGCCACAGCCCGGUCAAACCAGCCGUGACCAACGAUACUCUGUUCAGGUGA